CCGAUUGCACGUCGAGCAUUCAGUAGACUCGGCCAUUUCUCUCGCGAAACGUAGCGACUCGCUGAACCGCGCGACGGUUUUUUUUUUCGCGACUGCACCGUGCGGGUAUACUCCCGGAAGUUUUGCAAAAUAACGCGACGCAAAAGGAUGAUACACUCCGGGCGCACCAGGCUCGAGAAAAAAGUAAGUCUCCAACAGUUAGGAGUGGGAGGAGGGGGCCAAGGGGUCGGAGCAAUACAAGCGGUAUUGGUCGAGGAGACGGAAAAAGGAAGCGGCGGUACCGGUGGACAAUGGUGGAAGCAGCAGCAUCCAUCCUAUCAUCACCAUUAUCACCAACAUCAUCAUCAUCAACAACAUUAUCAUCAUCAGGGCGGUUAUUACACGCAAUCGCAUACUCACAACCCUGUCACUACCAUGAAGCAAUCCUACAUGCAGCUAACAUGGGUGUUUCACGAUGACGAGGCGCAGAUUAACAAGAAACUGCCAAAAGAAUUACUACUCAGAAUUUUUUCGUACCUCGAUGUCGUAUCGUUAUGCCGUUGUGCCCAAGUAAGCAAGGCCUGGAAUGUAUUGGCACUCGAUGGGUCCAAUUGGCAGAGGAUCGAUCUCUUCGAUUUUCAACGAGAUGUGGAGGGACCAGUAAUAGAAAAUAUCUCGAGGCGUUGUGGCGGAUUUCUCAGGCAGCUCUCGCUCAAGGGAUGCCAAAGCAUCGGUAACAACUCAAUGCGCACCCUAGCCCAGUCAUGUCCUAAUAUCGAGGAGCUUAAUUUGAGUCAGUGCAAGAGGAUCUCGGACGCGACAUGCGCGGCCCUCAGCAGUCAUUGCCCCAAACUGCAGCGGCUGAAUCUGGACUCCUGCCCCGAGAUAACGGACAUGUCCCUGAAGGAUCUCGCGGCUGGCUGCCCCCUGCUCACUCACAUAAAUCUCUCGUGGUGUGAGCUACUCACUGACAAUGGGGUCGACGCGCUCGCAAAGGGCUGCCCAGAGCUCCGCAGCUUCCUAAGCAAAGGAUGCCGUCAGCUAACGGAUAAGGCCGUGAUGUGUUUAGCGCGCUACUGUCCUAAUCUCGAAGCGAUCAAUCUACACGAAUGCAGGAAUAUAACGGACGAUGGAGUCAGAGAACUUAGCGAACGGUGUCCACGGCUGCAUUACGUUUGCCUGUCGAAUUGCCCCAAUUUAACGGACGCGACGUUGAUUAGCCUGGCACAACACUGUCCACUUCUCAAUGUACUCGAAUGCGUCGCGUGCACCCAUUUCACGGAUACGGGUUUUCAGGCCCUCGCGAGAAAUUGCAAACUGCUCGAAAAGAUGGAUCUGGAAGAGUGCCUUUUAAUCACUGACGCCACCCUCACUCAUCUGGCGAUGGGUUGUCCGAGAUUGGAGAAACUAAGCCUGUCACAUUGUGAGUUGAUCACCGACGAAGGCCUCAGACAAAUCGCGCUGUCGCCAUGUGCGGCGGAACACCUAGCCGUCUUAGAGCUGGACAACUGCCCGAACAUCUCGGACAACGGUCUGAACCAUCUGAUGCAGGCCUGUCACAAUCUCGAGCGUAUCGAACUUUACGACUGCCUACACAUUACCAGAGAGGGCAUACGUAAACUCAGAGCCCAUCUACCGAACUUAAAAGUGCACGCGUAUUUUGCACCGCCGACUCCGCCACCCAGCGCAGGAGCCUCGCGACAACGAUACUGUCGGUGCUGCGUCAUUCUGUGAUUUUGCCUUCAACUCCUAACUCCGAAGUAAAAAAUCGUCCGAUAUAUAUACCCACGGGAUUAGUGGACCUUUAUCGGUGGUCGCUGCUUACGGCGAUUAUGGGACCUCUCUCUCUUUCUCUCUCUCUCGUGGUUACCGGAGGAAGCGCUCCGGUUGCCCAUCACACAUUGAUAAGUGAGAACGGGAGGACUCGUUGUCAAUUGCAAAUCGUUAAAUCGAUUCAAGCUCCACAUGCAACGAGUAAAGUACGUCACCAUCAUCAACACAGAUGCUACUACUGCAAUUACCACUAUGACCGCUGCUGCUGCUCUGCUGCUGCUAUUACUAUUACUACUAUUACUACUACUACUACUACUACUACUACUACCGCUGUUACUACAACACUUAUUAUUAUUAUUAUUAUUUCUAUUUGUACUCUGUUAUCUCGAUAGUAAGUGCAUCGCCACUAUCUCGGUAUAUAUUGCGUGCGGAAAGUUAGUCUGCAAAGGAAAGAAAUUCUCAGGUUUCCUUUAGCGAUAUUUUCUAUGAUCUUCAUUUAGCGUUCGUUCACAGAGAGAAAUAAAUGCGCCCGCGUGUUUUCUGAGCCACUCGCAAUACAUACGAAGUGACGUAUUCGAGAGCGAGCGAGCUUAUUUUGAUUAGCGUUCGGACGCGUAUUUUCCUAGCGCUACGCGAGCAAGUUUAUCGAUUUACGUUGCUCGAUAAACACGAGAUACUUAUUUUAAGAUACGCGUAAAUGUCUUAUAAAUAUCUUAAUGAGCACGCGCGCGCGUACUACCGAUGAAACGUGGAAGAGAACGGUAGUUUUAGGGGCAACGAAGUCAAGCGUGCAAUUGUAUCCAGAAGUCGAAUUUCACACACAAUCUCGACGUGUAAUCGUAGCAGUUUCUCAACGAACACUGCCUAUAAUGCUAUUGAUAAACGAGAAAAAAAAGAUGCAAAAAAAAAGAAAAAAACAAAAUACGGUAUAGCGACCGCGAAUCGAAUCUCGUCGUAAUAUUUAGGAUAUUAAUUAUCGUUUAUCGUAUAACGUAGACGUAUAUGCACCGACAAAAUACGGCUCGGUGAAAGUGUUUCUUCUCGGUGUCUGUUUAAAAAGUAUUAACGAAUCGCGCGUAUCGUGAUUACCGAGCGACACCUAUGAAUUUCUUUCCUUUCGUUAAAACAAGAAAACGAAAAAAAAAAGGAAGAAAAAAUAGGAAGAGAGAGAGAAAAAUGAAGACGAACGCGUGUCGCGGAAUUUGUCGCAUCAAGGGCGCACAACUUUCAACUUUCAACGACGAAAAUUUCGACGUAUAUUUGUGAUCAUGGACACUCGAGAUAGAGUGAGAAUGAGAGGAGAACGCUCGAGUAUCGUCUUUGAAGACUCCACCGCCGCUAACGCGGCCUAUAGCGGUGGCGCGUGAGAGAUGCAUUUUACAUCGAUUCGCGGGCAGACGGUAUUUAUGCCCGUGUAUCGUAUUCGAGUACCCGUGUAAAACGUAAACAUCACUUCUCCUCGACAGCCCGGACAUCUAUUCUAUUAUUUCUAUUCUCCGUUUUAUUAUCUUGUUUUCUUUUUGUUUUUUUUUCUUUUUGUAACUUGUCAUGGACUAGGAGAGCACAGACUGAAAAACGAAUCAAAGCGUUAAUGUGUUAAACCGAUUAACUUCGUGCUGGCGGCGAACGGCGCUGGCAUUUUUACUUUUUAAGCCUAGGUUUAAAAAAAAAAUAACGGAAUAGCGGCAGUAUCAUGAAGCCACGGACGUAUUGUGAAGAGCGGUGGAUCUUCGUGCGAUCUGAUCAUCGCCAAUUGAUUCUAGAUACGCCGUGACUAUAGUGACGAUGUGCCCGAUGGAACAAACAAAACAAACAGAAAAGACAUUUAAUCUCCGACCGAGUGCUUGUAAAGGCCCCGAUUGUAACAUCGGUGCUAUCACAUCUCGGAUCAUGUAUUGUUCGAUGAAACAACCGAUUUGUUGUCGGAUCUUCGCGUUGAGCGCCGGCAAAGAGAGAACGAGCAAUUUCAUAAGAAGACCUGAAAUGUCGAACGUGACUUUCCCCGAGGCCGGGAAAUGGAUCACGGAAAGACGGAACAACCCCUAUACACGAUGGAUUACGAUUUUCCAUUUGAUUGUACACGAAGAAAUUCCACAGCGUAGUAUCUCCGAGAGUUCUCACGAUGGAACUUGACGACGGAUUUGGAUUUCGAAUCGACAUAAUUUAUUUUGAAUAUAAAAGACACUACUACACAUACAUAUGCGCGCGCGCGCACACACGUACAUUGGCUAUAUUUUUAGAAGCAUACCCUUGCCAGAUUUUUACUAAAGAAGCCGUGGACGCAUUUUGAACGCGUUAAUGGCUGGUCGAAGACCAACGCGCGAAAUUUUUAAAAGCGGUCCAGUUUCGAAGUGCAAUAUCCGUCAGACGCGAAACGCGCCUCGUUUUUUUUCCUUCCUCUGUCUUUGAUUCGUGAAUCGUAAACCCAGUUAAUAUCGCGAUACACGGCAUAUCGUCGCGUUAAGCAAAGGGAGGGGAGGGGGGAAGAAAGAAACACGAAGUAUCGAUUGUUAAUCUUUUGGUAGCGUGUAAGAGACGUACCGCGUAUAUAUGAAGUAUAUAGCGUGUAACAGAAAUAACGGAUGCGGCAACCUAGUAUAUAAUACAACAGUAAAUAAAUAUAUAGAUAAGAUAUGUUUUAUACGCUGCAUGUCAUCCCUAGUGGAAUAACGUGAUCAUUGUAAACGUGUCGUUCGAAGUCAGGUUAAUAAUUAUAAGCGAUGUACGAUUAUACGCGCGCAUGACAUAACCGCCAAUGAUGCAGGACACAUACACGUACACAUAUAACACGCGCGCUAUCCGCAAGGCUUUUCGAUCUCUCGCGAAUCUCGAUAGAUGAGCGUUUGCACUUUCCUUCCGAUUUCUCCGAACGGAACCCAGAUAGCAAGCUACAUCAUUUUAACGUCAAAAUGAUGCCUUUAAUAUCACUUUGACGUCAAAAUGAUGACAAAUAAUACCAGCCCAAGUAGAACAUAAUAGAUGUCAUAAAGGAUGUCAUGGCUUUAUUUCCUGUACAGCAUAGAUUAUUCUAGUAAUUGCAACGUUUCAGUAAUAUUGCAUACGUUGCAGCAAUGUUGUUGCAAGCUUCUGUGCUGCAUAGAUUGUGAAAGCAAAACAAAUCAUGAUACAUCAAAAUAAAGUUAAAAUGUAUUGUUAAUGAUGGAAAAGUAACUCUUAACCAUUAUUUUGGAGUCAUUUUGAUUUGUGUUCUGCUUGAAUAAAUCCAAGCACAGCAACAAGUCACGAUUAACUAACAUUAAAAUGAUGUUAAGAUUAAUUGUGACUGAUUGAAAAGUGACUUUUAAUAAUCAUUUUGGAGCCACUGUGAUAAUGACUUGUCAUAAUGACUUUUUAUUCUGCUUGAGUUAUAAGUCAGUGAUGAGACAAAUGACAUGAUGAUGUCCUUAACUUUUGCAUUCUACUCCUCGCUUGCUAUUUAGGAAUUGUCCUUUACGCUACGAUCACCAAUUCAACCGCGUGAAUUCUCUAAAAAGAGAGGACAAAACUCUUUCGCAUCAAAUGAAUCAAAUAGACCUAUUCUUUUUAAUUAAACUAC